GUAGGGCUCGCUGUGCAUUUGCCGUCACUGCCUCCCUUUCCUGGCUCCCGCUGCUGUCAGGGGUAGAGGAGGGGAGGGAAUGGUGUAGCAGGGAAGUAACCGUAAAAGCUCCCCAAGGGAAUGUAAAAGUUUAAGGUCCACGACCAGCCGUGCACGCGAGCCAGAAGACUUACCACAUCCCCUCGUUUCUCAUGGAAACAGAUGGAUUUGUGAGGAGGCGUCGGAUGACAGCGGAGACCACAGGGAAUGAUCCCGGGGUUGCAGGAGCCUCUGCCGGGGCAGAAGUUCGAUGGCUUGGGGGCAGAUUCUGGGGAGUUUCAGAAAGUAUCGUGGGAAGCCUGACACCCCGGAUCGGAGGGGAAACUGAAAUACAGACUGUUGAUUUGAUCCGCAGUGCACAAGAUGCACAGUCAGAGGACUCUGAACCGGACUAUGAGGGUUUGCCACAGGGAGCUUCCACUAGCACCCACAUGUUGGCUGGAGCUGUGGCCGGGAUAAUGGAGCACUGCCUCAUGUUCCCCAUCGACUGUGUUAAGACACGAAUGCAGAGUCUUCAGCCCGACCCUGCGGCCCGCUACAGGAAUGUGAUGGAUGCUCUUCGCCGGAUUGUAGCCACAGAGGGAAUCUGGCGGCCAUUGAGAGGCCUGAAUGCAACAGCUAUUGGGGCGGGUCCUGCCCAUGCCUUGUAUUUUGCCAGCUAUGAGAAACUCAAAAAGACUCUAAGUGAUGUGAUUCAUCCAGGGGCUAACAGUCAUUUGGCUAAUGGAACAGCUGGGUGUGUGGCCACACUGCUUCACGAUGCAGUCAUGAACCCAGCUGAAGUUGUGAAGCAGCGAAUGCAGAUGUAUAACUCGCCCUAUCGUGGCGUGUUGGACUGUGUACGUGCAGUGUGGCAGAAAGAGGGCCCUACUGCAUUCUACCGCAGCUACACCACCCAGCUCACCAUGAACGUGCCCUUCCAGGCGCUCCACUUCAUGACCUACGAGUACCUUCAGGAGCUGUUAAACCCUCACAGACAGUACAAUCCCUCAUCACACAUGUUGUCCGGGGCUUUGGCCGGAGCGAUCGCAGCCGCAGCCACCACGCCUCUGGAUGUCUGCAAGACCCUGCUCAACACCCAGGAGUCUCUAGCCCUCGGCUCCCUGUCUUCCGGCAAAGGAGCCCACAGACAUAUCUCAGGCCUGGCCCAUGCCUUCCGGACAGUAUACAGGCUGGGCGGCCUGCGGGGCUUCUUCAAGGGAGUCCAAGCGAGAGUCAUCUACCAGAUGCCCUCAACGGCCAUCAGCUGGUCAGUCUAUGAGUUCUUCAAGUAUGGACUCACCAAGCACCAGCACAACAAGAGGAGAACACAACAAAUGGAAGCUGAGAUGUAGAUGCCUCUGUGGUUUAAUCUACUCUGAGGAGAUAUUAAUGUGCACAUAGUAUCUCACUAAAAUCCACUUCAGUUGUCCCAAUCCCAUUCAGACAUAGCAGAUAAGAAAGACAUCCUCAAAGGCAGUUUGGGUAGAUAUAUUUCUUUACUACUCGAGAAUAGAUAUUGUUUGAGUCAUAGGACAACACCGUGAUGUAAAAGAGAACUAGCUGAUCUGGAGAAGUUUUCAAACUAGUAUCCUCUGAUUCUUGAAGCUGAGGCUGUAAGGAGUUAUAAGCUGGAAGAAUAGUCAGCAGGGGGCAGUAGUGUUACUUUGUUGCCUCUCGUAGUUCUGUAGCUUUGCUGUCCUAGAACUGGAUUUUUAUUUUUCCCAUCCAAAGUUUGUUUGCAAGUAACUGACUCGUCAUCCAGAUCCCUCAUAACAGACAGAGCGUUCAGUUCUUAAUUCAGCAUCUUAAGCAAUCAACUUAAAACGACAACAUCUACAUUUAUUUCCUCAAAAGUGUCACUGUCCAGAAAUCUUGAGACAAUAAAUCAAACUUGGCCAAAGCUGCAACUCAAGUUGAGAGAGUCUAUUUUUUUCCCUAUAAAUGAACUUGAGAUGUUGACAACUCCACAGAUUAGGAAAGAACAUCUUAGUUUCGACAGACUGAGGCAGCCCUUUUUUUUUUUGCAGGCAAACUAAUUAAAAAUAAUUAAUUACUUUGUUUAGUUUUUUCAAAUAUCAGUGUUUAACACAGUUGCUUAUGAUUUAAUUGGGGAAAAAAAUAUAAACUUUUAGAUCCUCCCAGGUGUCAGAAUUAUGUAUUUAAUAAGUUAUCAAAAUGACCAAAAAAACUAAAAUCUUAUUUUAUUUCCAGAACAUAUAUUAUUACUUUCCCCAAUUCUGUGGUUAGUCACGGUCUACCUGUUUGGCAGAGAACAGCUUUAAAAAAGAAGAAGAAGACGACUUUUAUGUGCAUCAGCUGGCACUAACAGUCUUGUAAACAACAGAGCUUCAUUGUUUGUGCUCAACAGAAAAGGUGUACAUUAUGCUGUAUCCAAAAGAGUCUCAAGA